AAACAGCCACUGGCAGCAGCGUCGCUCUCGUGUGACAAUCGGAGAGAGCCUUCAGGAGACCGACGACGUUCCAGCUGACGAGACACGACAAUGCUGCCUUCGCGAAAUUCCGUCGUGUUGCCCUUGGCUGUCGCGACAGUGGCGCUGUCUGGGUGGCUGUGCGCGCUGUCGCAGGCUUGCUCCUGCGCCGGGGAUCCACACCCACAGCAAGCCUUCUGCGGCUCAGAUGUUGCCAUGAAGGUGCAACUGCUUGAAAGGACGACGGAAAUGAUGGCAGUCAGCCACGGCGACAAUGAGAGCUCCAUGGCGCAGCUGACCCGGUACAAAGUGAACGUUAUCAAGACGUUCAAAGGCCAAGAGGAGCUGAUGCGAACGGGCUACAUCUACUCGCCCGCCGGAGAGCCAAGCUGUGCUCUCGACAUCCAGCCGCACAAACGCCACUACAUUUUGACAGGACGUAUCUGGUCCGGGAUGAUCUACGUGACCCUGUGCAACUUCAUCCGCCCCUGGAACACGCUCUCCAACGGCCAAAAAUCCGGCUUCUCCGACAUCUACAGCUCCGGCUGCACGUGCCAGAUUUCCACAUGCAACCAAAAGCCGUGCGAGCCCACGGAGGCGCGCGAGUGCACCUGGACCGACUCGUCCACCUACCAGGGUGCCCGGCGCUGGGGGCCUCAGGCCAAGUCCCAGGCCUGCCUGCCAGCGCUGGAGGGUGACGGCUGCCUGUGGAGCAAGAUCAACGGCAGCGGCUCCGCCGAGCCACUCAGCAAGCCCGUGCCACAGCAGCGGCUGCAGUAGUAAUGCGGUGGUGGGGGGUGGGGGGUGGGGGCUUGCACGGUGACCGCGCAUCUCACCUCGUGUGGUCACCUGCUGCUAAACGCUUGCGACGGUUCCGAGGAGAGCGAGUGAGGAGAGCGGGUGGGGGGGGGGGGUCUCUGGGUGCCGCCGUUGCCGCGAUCACAUGACUGCGGGAAGCUGCGCCGCCCAUCGGAAUCGCCAUCGCCAGCUGCUGCCAUAGUCUCUCGCGGGCGAUCGCUAUGUUUCCUUUCCGUUCUGUGCCGUCACGGAUCAGAGGCAGCGGACUCGCAGCGCGAGCCGACAGCAUCUACUGUUCCCAGGCAGGUAGUCUCCCAUCAAAGUACUAACCAGACUCAACUGUGCUUGGCUUCCGAGAUUUGGCCACUUCGAGUGCAUGCUGGGCGAUUUCAUUUCAAGUCGAGAGAUUUAAGGUUUUCACCAAUUGUGUCUCGAUCGUGCUGUCGCCGUCAUGUCUUCAGAUAAAGAAUCCACUCGGGGUGUCUCGCAAAGCAGUGCAUUGCCCCACUGCUCGAGAGUGGCCCGUGGCAGUUGAUGUCACAGAGCUACAACUGAGAUCUCUUCAAAUGGUCCUCUCACUAAAGGAACGGCACAGCCAGCUGAGCAACUCCACUGCCGGUGCCACUCGCCGGGCACUGACCCCACGACCUAUCUCGGGUUGGCACCUGUCCUGGUUUUUCCAGGAUCAUCCUCUUGUCAAAAACGUAACAACAAUGUUGAGGCAGCUAUCUUGGGAAAUCUAUAAGUGUUUCCGGGAGAUGUAUUUCUUUUAUAUCAGUUGGGUGUUAACACAUCACUCAAAACGAUGCAUGCAAAUGCAGCUCUCCCCGCUUCUGCUGUUGUGAAAUAUUCUUCUUUCCAUUAUAUGGUCCGGUGUUUUGUACAUCAGAGGUGGCAAGCGUAGCCGCGGCGAUUACUCUGACGGGACGGGAUUGGACGCACAGGGCACACGAGCGCACAUUGUGCACGUACACGCUACUCUGUCCUGGCUGUUUGGACUUGUGUGGGCGAGCGUUCAAGUAAUGCGUCACCCUUCGCUAAAUAUGUCCUCCCUAGGGCGGCAGGCAAAGAUGGCCAUUUAUUUUGCAACGGCGGGUUACAGCACAGCUUUUGUAAGAAAGAAAAACCGAACCUAACCUAAUUCAAGCCUGCUGCCCUGCAUUGAUGUUUUCAUCGCAGAACCCAAAUAAUUGUGGGUAAGACACAGAGGGCAAACAAGAAGUAUUGGUUCCUCACCUGGGGUCAACAGUAAUCAUCGCCUCGGUAGCAGCCAGUGUUGCUAUCGAGAAUCAGCCAGCGCGCGUGAUCCCCGGGAUUUAAAGUGGAAAGAAAAAAAAACGAUUUCUCUGAGCUUUUCGCAUAAAUGUCACGCUUUCAUAAAAAUAGGCAUUUUUUUUUCUGGGGAGAGACAGCUUGCCAGUCGAGAGUAUAAAUAUCCCCCCCCCUCCACUCUGCCACGCGGCGAGGUGUUACGUGGAACGCCCAAGUCGCCAGCUAUGAUUGUGUGCGAGUGUUUCGCCCCCGGUGACGGACAUAAUCCAACAAUCGGCAAAGAAUAGUUAAGACGUCCGUCUAUUUCACUGCAAUUUUUGUCACACCUGAAAAACUUGGCCGAGAUCAAUUUUUCGUUCGCGAAAUCAGUGGCCAAAAAUAUAUCAAUCGACGAUGGCCCAUAGACUUAAGCACGGCCGACUGUGACGAGACAAACUUACGUACAUUAUUGUUAUUGGAGACAGCAGUGCAUUUAGGGGGACCAAAUAUGGUUAUUGGGCUAUAUAUAUAUGUCAAGAUAAAAGUUCACCGAUUGGCUGACUUGAAAAUAUUGGGGGGUUGGGGAAGCAUGUACCACGCAUACCAAUGUUUAAUAACUCAGAGUCAGCGAUAUUUUUAACAUAUUUGGUCAACGAAACGAAACUAUUUUAUUUGACCAAAUGAAGCCCGCUGAGCUAUUAACUCUUUUCAGAAACGACCUGGCCACACUUGAGAGCCCAUCCAAGCGGCUUGUAUCGUCAUCCUGGUUGAGGAUUUAUAGUAGUAGCUCAAUAAUCUUCGCGUGUGUCGAUUCUAAAUAUGGUGGGCGGCAAAGCUGGAGGACCCGUAGUACAAUCCAAGCGACCACCACGGGGCAGAAUGGACACGCAGAUUCCAAAUACACAACGGCAGGCAUCGUCAGGGUCCGGGAUCAAACCCGGGACCUCCUGCGUACCAGGCUUGGGAGAUGACAUCUGGUCACUGCGGUGGCGCCAGACGAACAGAACGACUGAAGACAAUACGCAGACUUGAGAAUUGGCAGAAAUCCCACAAGUUUUUUUGAUCGACUAAUCUGAGACAAAGAUAAAAUAUAGAUGUUAAGAAAAUGAUGCUUUUAAAACAACGAACGCAGUAUGGGAGCUCAGCGUUGGUGCCUCUGACAAGUUGUCUGCCAGCUAGAGACGGCGACGCUGAGGUUGUGCACAGCGAGAGAGAGAGACCUCGUGCACUGAGCUGACGUGGUGCCAAACGAACAGUUUUCAAGGACGGAGGGGGGCGGUAAGGCGACGUGAUGGAUUCAAUCUCUUGUGGACGUCUUUCUGUCUUUUAAAAUAACAAAUAAAAUGUACACGAGCAUCUUU